AUGUCUAUCUCACUCGGAACGCUGGCAGCGUCACCCUCAGCUUCCUCCACACCCGUUCCAGAGGAAGAAGAGUUCUAUUCGUCAUGGUCGCUCUUCCUCGUCUGCAUGCUCCUUGUCCUUUCCCUGUGGACGUCGUACUACCUGCAAAUCAAGCGCAUUCGUGCCGUGCACGAGACCCUGGUAUCUAUAGUAGCGGGUAUGCUGGUCGGAUUCGUCGUUCGACUGGCACCAGGACAUCUCAUUAGGGAAAUGCUGACAUUCAAACACACGUUGUUCUUCAACCUUUUGUUGCCGCCAAUCAUCUUGAACUCUGGCUAUGAGUUGAAACAAGAAAACUUCUUCCGAAACUUUGGUUCCAUCUUGACAUUCGCUUUCUUUGGCACUUUCAUAUCUGCUGUCGGUGUCGGUGUUUUAGUGUAUAUAUACUCUUUCCUCGGUCUCGAGUCACUCGACGUUUCCUUGCUGGAAUGUCUCAUUUUCGGAACUACAUUAUCGGCCACUGACCCAGUCACCAUAUUGGCCAUAUUCAACCAAUACAAGGUUGACCCCAAACUCUAUACCGUCAUCUUCGGGGAGAGCUUGCUCAACGAUGCAGUCAGUAUCGUUAUGUACGAAACAUUAUCACAAUUCCAUGGGACAGAAAUCUUCCUCUCGUCAAUUUUCCACGGCAUUGGAAUCUUCUUGCUCUCGUUCAGUGUAUCUAUGGCUCUCGGCGUCUGCUUUGGCCUCGCCAUGUCGCUGAUCCUCAAGCACUCCUCCCUUACGUUGUAUCCAGGUAUAGAGUCUUGCCUGGUGGCCCUCUCAGCAUACACCUGCUACUUCUUCUCUAACGGUAUCUCCAUGUCUGGCAUCGUAUCUCUGCUGUUUUGUGGUAUCACUCUGAAGCACUAUGCAUACCACACGAUGUCCCGGCGGACGCAGCGCACGACCAAAUACAUCUUUGCGACCCUCGCUCAACUUACCGAGAACUUUAUCUUCAUAUACCUCGGUCUCUCCCUCUUUACUAGUCCCCCCUCAUCCGAGAAGGUGACGAACUAUGUCAAGCCGCUCUUCAUCGUGAUCACGACGAUCGCUGUCGUCUUCACCCGCUACGCAGCCGUCUUCCCGCUCUCCGAGGCUAUCAACUUCUUCCACCGCCACGCACGGGGCCAGCGUACCGACGAGCUACCUCAUUCUUAUCAGAUGAUGCUGUUCUGGGCUGGCCUAAGGGGAGCAGUCGGUGUCGCGCUUGCUGCAGGAUUCAAGGGGGAAAAUGCUCAGACCCUGCGCACAACCGUGCUCGUUGUUGUGGUGCUCACAGUCGUCAUGUUCGGCGGGACGACAGCCAGGAUGCUCGAGGUGCUUGGUAUUAGGACAGGCGUUGAGGAUGAGGCCGCUUCGAGUAGCGAGGACGAAGGUUACGGGAACGCUGCGGCACGGGUAGGCGCGCACUACGCUGGCCCCAGCAGAUACAACCACCAAGCGCUGGCAUCGUCGGACUCGCCCAUCCGCUCCGCGUCCGUGUUCUCUGCCGCCUCUAGCGAGUCGUACGACUCGGACGGCGGCGAGGUCCUCCCGCUGGCGUCGGCAUCACGCGGGAACGCUCACGACGAGGAGGCAGGGACGGGGACGGUCCACGAGGGCGAUGGGCAAUGGUUCCAUACUAUUGACGAGCGGUAUCUGAUCCCGCUGUUUUCGAACGCUACCGCCAGCCGAACAUUCCACGCGCGGAAGGCGAGGCGGACCACAGGGCUCGGGCUCGGGGCCGAGAUGGGUGUGAUGGCGGGUGCAGGUGAGGACGUGAACGAGGAAGAUGAGGGCGCGGAGGUCGAGCUGGGUGUGCCUAAUAUACGGAUGGGGGGUAUACAGGGCGGACCGGGUAUGCCUAUGCCUCCUGGAGGUGUACCGGGAGGAGAAAGCAGGACGGAACGGGGUCUCCCAAGUCCUAUGUUGCGGAGGGAGAGCGAAGGUGGACAAAAGUCACCGUGAGGGUGUUACUUGGGGUUCUUUCUUUUUAGCAUACGAUUGUGUGAGUUCAGCGUAUCGCAGAUUUCAUUUCAAUCGUGCAUAGCAAUGGGCGUUCUUGGAUGCAAUCCAACUAUAGAUACUUC